GGUCACGUGGGACAGACCGUUGUCACGGCAACCGUAAACAAUUGGCGCACACCACCUGUCCAGUUUGUACCGCAACACGUUCAGCUUACACCGUCCACGCUUCGACCGGUACCUGAGGAUGUCGGAUUUGGGAUCGGAUGAUUUUGACGAGGAGCGCAGUAAACUCGGGGAAUAUGAAGGGGAGCGGAACGAGGCAGGAGAGAGGCACGGAGCCGGUAAAGCCGUUCUACCCAACGGAGAGGUCUAUCAGGGCCGGUACGAGUACGGCGGAAGGCACGGACAGGGGACAUAUUACUUCAAGAACGGGGCGAGAUAUGUGGGAGACUAUUACCAGAACAAGAAACAUGGGCGGGGCACCUUCUACUACCCUGAUGGCUCUCGAUAUGAAGGGUCGUGGGUCGAGGACCUGAGAAAGGGUCAUGGUGUCUACACUUACCCCAACGGAGACACAUAUGAUGGAGAGUGGCUAGAUCACAUGAGGCAUGGACAGGGCCUUUACCGCUACACAGACACUGGCUCCCUGUACAAGGGCUCAUGGGUAAAUGGCACGAUGGAGUCAGCUGGAGAGUACAUCCACUCUAACCACAGAUACAGAGGCAACUUUGUCGACAGUAAUCCACGCGGCGCGGGGAAGUACGUGUUCUACACCGGGUGUGAACAGCAUGGUGAAUACCGUCAAGCAGAGCAGUGGAUUCCCAAGUGUAUCACGGGGCUGACGCUGUGGACUCCAGGCCAAGACGCCUCAGGUGGGGAAACGGAAAGCGCUUCAGCAGAGAGCUGACCUGUGAGAUCAAUCCUCAACCUGCGUUUGCAAACAUAAAUAUGCUCAUGCAUAUUGAAAUAAAUCUGUUGUGUUUUCCCAUG